CUCCCAAUUACCAGUCUACCCUCAAUCCCUUCCUCGAGUCUUCGAGACGAUUGACUCUUGAUUCCUCACCAGCUUUGGCGCCGGCAUUGUACGGACCCGGCCACAACAUAAAAUCCUCGCACACCCGAAUCCCACAGCCAUGUCACUUGCAAUCUUCCAACCCGCAUCGGUGCCCCUCCGCUCCCAUGCGCACCUUAGCUCCCCCCUCCCUCCCAUGUCUAUCCUACGCCGCCUCAACCCCCACCACCUAAAACUUCGCCGCCACCGCUUCGCCAGCGUUGCCGCAGCCGUACGCCAAGACACCGCUCUCUGGUCCCCGGCCCCUCUCUCCGAGAUAGAACCGGCAGCAGAGUCGCUCUUCCACGUCCGCGUCGACCUGUCCGACGCCCCCGACCUCGCUUCGUCCCACACGCGAGCCGGCCAGUACCUCCAGCUUCGGGUCCCUGACGAAUCGAAGCCCUCGUUUCUGGCCAUCGCGUCGCCUCCAUCGUUGGCGUCCGCAAAAGGCGUGUUUGAGUUUUUGGUGAAGAGCGUGGCAGGGUCCACGGCGGAGCUUCUGUGCAGGCUCAAGAGAGGGGACGUGGUGGAGCUCAGCCAGGUUAUGGGGAAAGGCUUCGACAUUGAUCGGAUCGAACCGCCGGAGAAUUACCCUACGGUUCUCAUAUUCGCCACAGGAUCUGGAAUCAGUCCAAUCCGGUCUCUGGUCGAAUCGGGGUUUAGCGCCGAUAAGAGAUCCGCUGUGAAGCUCUUUUAUGGCGCUAGAAACCUUGACAGAAUGGCGUAUCAGGAUAGAUUUAAGGACUGGGAAUCUUCAGGUGUUGAGAUUGUGCCGGUAUUAUCACAACCACAUGGCGGUUGGACGGGACAGAGUGGUUAUGUGCAGGCUGCUUUUUCCAGAGCCAAGCAAAUUUAUAAUCCUCUCUCCACAGCUGCUGUGUUAUGCGGGCAGAAGCAAAUGACUGAGGAGGUUACCUCAAUUCUUGUAGCAGACGGUGUAUCAACUGAAAACAUACUGAAGAAUUUCUAACUAACCUAUCAUAGUAAAAUUGUUGUAUCGUUAUUGAGUGACACUACCGAUUUGUUCCCCACGGCUGAGGAUACAUUUUCCCAGCUUGGAAAAAAGAAAAUAAAAACAAUUUUGGGAGAUUCUGACUUGUAAGCAUCUUAUGCGGUUUUGUAUGUUAAAUUUGGUUUGAGAUCA